UCGGUCUCUCCGCUUCUCCUCUCCCCAUCAAGUCCCCCACCUUCUUUUAAUUUUCUCUCCUCAGCCAACCACCUCAUCGUCCUCCGCCACCGCCGCAGCCGCCUCCUCCUGAUAGCUGCCACUGCUUCUCCUGCACCGCAGUAAUGGAGGCCGGUUCAACUGGUACCAAGAAGGCGAGCGCGAUAUCGCGUUGCAUCAAGGCCUUGUCACCCGCGAAGGCCCUGUGCAGAGCUAGGGACUUCUACGUGAGGAGCAUGUUGGGGUGCGCCGGCAAGGUCGCUUACGCCGACAUGGGUUACUCCGGCGUCCCCAACCUGCCGCGGAGCUUCAGCAACACCUCGUCGAGGGGCGGCCACGACGACGAGGACAUGAGGGAGCUGGUAAGGAUCGCCUCGCUGAGGGCGUCGCGCCGCAAGGCCGAUGAUGGGUAUCGGCAGUCUGCAGGGUACAGGCCGCCCGCGGCCGGAACGGGGAGGGUGCCCCGGAGUUACAGCGUGCACAUACCGAGGAUCGAUGAAGACAAACCGUGCUCCUUCGGUGAGAAAGGAGGCGAGGAUGGGAUCUUUUCUAGGAGCAGAAGCUAUGCCCCGUACAGCAGGAACAGAUUUGCCCUGUGAAGUUUCUUCAUUUGUUGCUUGCGAUCGGAAGAAAGUUGGAGAGGAAUCAGGCGUGAUCCUCUUCUUCCUUUCAGACGUUCAUAAAUUAGUUGUUGUAGAUAUGGUUUUCUCAUAUUAAAUUAUGCGUAAAAGAAAAUUGUGUUGCCUGACAUUCAUCAAUACCACCAAUGGAUUAAGAUUUGUUUUUCUUUUU